AUGGAUCAAGAGAAGAUCAGGGGGAGAGCGACAGGACGGCUUCAAGGAGAACAUCGAGAUGCCAUCAGUUUGGAGCACGAGGCCAGCAGAACUUGCUGCAGAGGAGAUCCGAAUAGACCAGCUGAAGAUGGAAGAGUGCAUGUUGUGGAGCCUAGAGCCCGGGAAGCUCUAAAGAAAGGAGGAGGAGACGGAAGGAUGUAUUCUAAAUCUAUGUCCGAAUUGGACAGUGCGAAGAUGAUCAUUGAUGCUGGGAGUUCGGAUAACCUAGCGUCCACGGAGAUGGUGGGUCGGUUGGGGCUGGGGAAGUUAGAGCAAGACGUCUGGUGUGAGGUCGUCCCUAUGUAUUACAUAUCCUACUCGGAAGAUCGUGGUAAUACGUGUAGGGUGUUACCUGCAUAG